UGCCAGCUUCUUACCCGUGCCGUUGCCUGUCAAGCUUGAGCGAGAUAUCGGCGUGCAGCACGUCGACCAGAAUGCUGCGCGAGCUCCAAAGUAUCCACUGGGCCCUAUAUUCUUGGCUCUCGAGAUGAUGCGGCACCAACCCGCUUACCCCCUAUGUGAGGCGACAUACAGUGCGCCCACGCCCACGCCCACGUCCACGCCCACGCCCACGCCCACGCCCAUUCUGAAUGGCCUCCCGCCACUGGGUUCGGUUCAUGCUCUCGCUCGUGGAAAGACUGUGGCCCGUACAGCCAUGGCAAACCUUGAGUUCGCGGAGCUGCAUAGUGGGCAGCCAAACUCGGCCGACGCGCUCCAGUCAUAUAUUCCACGACUCUGGUUCAGUCGCAGCCGAUCCCUCAUCGUGGGAUACCGAUCCAAGGAUACGGUCGAGAGGGUGGACAUCUUCACUUCGAAGACGGAACUCGUCGCCUGGGAGGAGAAGGAAAAGAACCAAGAGGCCUUGCGGAAGCUCGUUACCUUGUUGUCCGAGUUGAAAAAGGCCGUACAGGGCAUGCGGGGGGAUCAGGCCGGCAUCGUGGUGUUUGAUGCUGCUUCGGAACCCGAACCCCGGACGCUCUGCCUCUUCGAAGCAAAUAACGACAGGCGUACUGUGCCAUCUUUUGUGGAAACUCGGUUUUGGAAUUGGACAGAGAAGCAUCCGGUGUAGACACUGUGUAGUAUACUUUGUCAUUCGGCGGAUCUGUUGCCGCGUUAACCAUGAAGUCGAGUGAGGUUCCCAGC